GGACGCACACGACAAUUUCGUGUCGUGAGAUCUAGCUCUGCUAGAGAAAGCUCAGUAAACCCCCAGUGAUUCUCGCGAACCCGAGAGCAGACGGUGACUGCGCUGGUUGCGCGCACCCCCGCCUCUAUCUCGGUGACUCUUUCUCUCACCCUAUCACACUUACUCUGGGGAGUUAGGCAGAUUUGUGGCUCCGGUUUUUUUGUAAGACUUCAACGGCAUCGGACAACGUGGGACUGAAACGGAUCCAAAGCAAAAAGCAUGAUGAAGACAUCGGCGAACCUCGUGAGUUUCAGGUGGACACUACUACUGAGCGCGUGUCUUGCGCUGACUGUCAGCGCGGACUGUGGCACGGAUUGUGCGUACUGCUCCAUCCACCUGAAGCUUCAGCAAACAGAUAUCAACUCUAUAGCAUGUGUAUUGCAGUGCAAGGGGCAUCUUAAUGGCGGCGGCUCGUGGGGUUUGUGUCAAGGUCUCCUGCAGACCAGUGUAAGCACACCUGAGGCAGAACAGGUCUCCAGAGAAAGCACGCCCAACCCCCAACACCAUGAGGAAAAAAAGUAUGGUGGCUUCAUGAGGAGAUAUGGUGGCUUCAUGAAGCGCUACGGAGGCUUCAUGAAGCGAUAUGGAGGCUUCAUGAAGAAGACUGCGGAGCUAUAUGGACCGGAGCCAGAUGACAUUGACCGCAGCAGAGAAAUCCUGUCCAAGAGCGAUGUAGAGAUGCUGGCCAAUCAGGUUGAAGAUGAUGGUGAGAGAGAAGAGGCUGCUCUGAGGAACAGUAUUAAUGUUAAAGGUGGUUCUGUAGGGUUAGAAGGUGUGGCUAAGCGCUACGGUGGCUUUAUGAGGAGGGGUUAUGCCUCUGAGGGUGGGGCUAGGUCACUAGAGAAACGCUACGGUGGGUUCAUGAGGCGAGUGGGCAGGCCAGAGUGGGAGGAGAGCAAACGCUAUGGGGGCUUCCUCCAACGAUCUCCACAAGAGGAGGAGGAAGAGGAGUCUUCGGAGAUGGAGAAGAGAUAUGGAGGUUUCAUGGGAUAUUGAGCUGCUCGUGGACUGUGGUUAGCCAUCAGCUAUUAUGUUCUAUUCCACUGUAUCUCCUUACUCUUAGAGGCUUUCUAUGUGAUCACAGUAGAAAAAAAAAUGCUUAGAAUAGGAACAUGCUAACACCAUGUUUAUAAUUUGAUCAUAAUGUUUUUGUAGUGCUAAAUAUAUAUUCAAAAUGUGAACAGUAUGCUCUCAUAGACUGGUUAUGGUUGUACCAUGGUUUAUGGUAAUUAAUGUUCAUUUUUGACAGAUGCAAGCCUACACAGCAGAACGAGCAGAUAUGAAAAAAUAAUAAGAACUUUCAUCACUAUAUCUGAUGUACCUGUUUCUUCAUCAGUCCCUCAUCCCUCUUUUCUAGACUUUUUAUCAGAUCUAGUUAAGAGAAUUAUCCUGCGAAUUAAUGAAGUGCAGCAACUGACUAAAAAGCAUAAAGCACAGCAAAGUGAACUCCCCUCCUCACAAAUGUCCUUCUAUCGGUCUGUUGUUCUGGUGUCAGUCUGAAUUUGACAUAUGCUGAAUAAAACUGAAUAAUCUUGAAUAAAACUGCUCAAAACUGCAACAGAAUGUUUCUGUCUU